UUCCCCACUACGCCUGCGUGGUUUCCAAAGCAACGGAAUCUCAGCUUCCUCCUCGCCUUCGGGACGGAGUAGGAUGGCGGAUUCUAAUCUCAGUGUUCCUCCUCCGUACGGGAUGGAAGGAUACGAUUUGGGAGCGCUCAGCGUAGAGCAACAGGAGAAACUGUGGGACCUGAAGAUAAACACACGGAUAGCGAAUGAAUACUACCUGAGGGAGCACCCAGAGGUGGAGAUUCUACUGAGAGAGUUCAUGAGGUCGGUGCUCUUGAAGAAGCCAAAAAACAUCCUGGAAUUUGCUGCUGAGUACUACACUGACGCAAGGCUUCCAGAAAAGAUCCAGAGGAAAGUGUACGAGCAGGAAAAGAUGUUGAAAUGAGAAGUGAGUGGGGCAGCCCACAGGAACGGAUGUGACCUCUUCGCUGGGCAUUGAUCUCUUGAACCACAUGUAACACCGAUCCCCACCCCUCGGUGGCCAUCAUGGGGUGGAAACCAUUAAACCUUCCUCUGAUUUGUAUGUGGGUUGCGAAAUAUUCAUCUGAAUAACAUUUCAACUGUAAAGUCCCCUCUCUCCCUUGCGCUAUGUCAAGUAGUGUGCCGCACACCGAAUCACAACCGGACACAUUAAACAGGGCAUUAAACAC